CGCAGAUCAAUGAACUCGGUUAAAUAAACUGGUCGGUGUAUCGAAAUUGGGAUUGAAUCAGGGUUACAUUUCACAGGGAUUGGCACAGUGCGUUUUAAAGAGGCAACAAGAAGUAACCACACCACAACACAACAGAUUACUGGACCCGUGUAAUAACCUUCAAUUCUAUCUGAAAUAGAGUAGGCUACGAGACACACUUUUCUGUCAAGCCAAGCUUUUGGAUACAAAAAAAAUAAAAUAAUUACAACUGCGUAUCGGGAGCAACUCAAAAUUAUAGGAAUGAUCUUUGCAAAUACAGUCAACCCUUUGAGGACGACAUAUCGCAAGCAGCAACCAUUUGCUCUAAACCCACACCCAAUGGCUCCCCCCAGCCCCAGUACUAACAGCAGUACCAACCACAGCAGUAGCAGCAGCAAUGCAGGAUGGGAGCAGCUAAGCAAAACCAACCUCUACAUCCGAGGGCUGCCACCAGCCACCACUGACCACGAUCUGGUCAAACUGUGCCAGCCGUAUGGCAAAAUUGUAUCAACAAAGGCAAUCCUGGAUAAGACAACAAACAAAUGCAAAGGUUAUGGUUUUGUGGAUUUUGACAGUCCAGCUGCUGCUCAGAAGGCUGUUUCUGCAUUGAAGGCAACUGGUGUCCAGGCCCAGAUGGCAAAGCAACAGGAACAAGACCCAACAAACCUGUAUAUUUCCAACUUGCCUCUUUCUAUGGAUGAACAAGAGCUAGAAAGUAUGCUUAAACCUUUUGGGCAGGUCAUUUCUACUAGAAUAUUACGUGAUUCUAAUGGUUCAAGUAGAGGCGUCGGCUUUGCAAGGAUGGAAUCAACAGAGAAGUGUGAAGCAGUCAUUUCACAUUUUAAUGGGAAAUUCAUUAAGACGCCACCGGGAAUCCUUGUGCCCAGUGAACCCUUAUUAUGCAAGUUUGCAGAUGGUGGACAAAAAAAGAGGCAAAAUCAAAACAAAUAUGUUCAGAAUGGCAGAGCGUGGCCAAGAGAGGGCGAGGUGAGACUUGCUGGAAUGACCCUGACAUAUGAUCCAACUACAGCUGCUAUGCAAAAUGGAUUUUAUCCUUCACCAUACAGUAUUGCAAACAGGAUGAUUGCUCAGACUUCUAUAGCACCCUAUGUGUCACCUGUUUCAACAUACCAGGUACAGACUCCUUCCUGGAUGCCUCAUCAACCGUAUAUCAUGCAGCAUCCUGGAGCAGUUCUAUCACCCUCUAUGGACCACACAAUGUCAUUACAACCAGGAUCAAUGCUAAACCCACUGACACAACAAAUGAGUCACCUUUCACUCAGCAGCACAGGAACGUUUAUGCCUGCUACAACAGCUAUGCAAGGUGCUUAUAUUCCCCAGUACGCUCACAUGCAGACUGCAGCUGUUCAAGUCGAGGAAAACAGUGGUCAGCAACAGGUGGAGUCAUCUAAUGAGCAUUCUCCCUACACGUAUCAACAGAACAAGUAAUACAGAUGUGCAAUGAUAACGAGAAGUGUAAAGACUGAAACAAUCAUGGCUUCUUCUGUUUGACUGUGCUUUAAGAACGUCUCGACAUUUUGCACAGGUUCUGCAAAGAUUACAUUUUGUUUAUAAUAAUAAUCAAUUGAAACAGACUAUUUUUGGUAUAAGUUGUAUGAGGUGCAUAUAAGUGCUUACUUUCAUCAAAAGGAUGCUAAUUCUCAAAAAUAGUUUUUAUUUUAAUAAGAAAGUUUAUUUUUACCAAGCAUUGUCACAUUGACACAAGAACUCUUUGUGCACAGAAGACCAUGUGACAUAACUUAAGGUGCAUGACAGGAAAGACUUUUUUUUUUUAUUAUUAUUUGUGAUUGAAUUUUUCUUUUGUAUUGUGUUGAGGUUUUUUCUGUUUUAUUAGGUUUUUUUAGCCAAGCAUCUUUAAAAUGAUGUUCUGUGCUUGCUGUGUGAGUGUUGCUAUGGUGGAGUGUUACAUGUCUUUUCUUGUUAGGUGUUUUUGGUGUAGAUUGAUCUGUCCUAUACAAUUUGCCUUAAAUUUUUUUCACACAAUAACUGUAUAGGCAACUAUCUAGAAUAGAUAAGCAAGAAUAAGUUCAAAAGAAAUGCCUUGUAAAUCAGCAACAUAGGGCUUUUUUAGUAUAUAGCUAUUUCAAUUAGCUAAACAAACCUUUUGGUUUCUAUUGUGUUUUAGGUGUUUUUAAUGGGUUUUUUUUUUUUUUUCCCACUGAUCUCUGCUGAAUAAUAAUGGAAGUAGAACUUUUAGAACAGAAGAAAUGUUCUGAGUGAAACACAUUUUCUGAAUCUGGUGGAAUUUUAAUAGGAUGUAAUGUUUGUAAUUUUCAGAAGGCUCAAAUGUCUUCUGGUUGUUUUGAAUGAGAGGAAUUCUGCUGAAUGAUUUACGUUUAAACAAAUCUUGCCUUUUUUUAAACUAACUUGAUGUUGUAGUUUUAGCUUAAGAAACAGAUGGGGUGGGGGGAUUGGAGAUCUGUCAAAUUGACAGGAUGUUUUUUUUUUUUUUUUUUUUUUUUUUUUUUUUUUUUUU